AUGACCAUAAGGAAAGUCAAUACAGCAGCACAUAAUGCUGAGCCCAACAGUUGUGGAUUCUUUAAGCUUCACUGGCUUUGCUGGAAGAUAUUGGGCAUUACACUGGAUAUUGAUAAGCACCAUAGGCAUAGACAUAUCUACUUGUUCUAUAGCAUCGUAUUAAAUAUAGUGGUAACCAUUUGUUAUCCAUUACAUUUGGCAUUGCUACUCUUUCGCAGCGAAUUAAUGGCUGAUAAUAUUAAAAAUUUUGCUAUUUGUGUAACUUGUGUGGCCUGCAGUAUAAAAUUCUCAAUUUAUUCCACUAAACUACCGGUAAUACGACAGUUCGAGCAAAUACUUAAACGUUUAGAUGAACGCAUCAAAACUGAAGCAGAAAUGAAUAAUUUUCGACAACUGCGAAAUCGUUUACGCAAUGUUGGUCUCGUUUUUCUGAGCGUAUAUUUGCCGGUGGGCAUAACGGCGGAAUUGUCGGUUAUGUUUCGUGAGGGCAGAAGUUUAUUGUAUCCGGCUUGGUUUCCAUUCAACUGGAUGGAAUCGACGGUUUUGUUUUUUGUGGCAAAUAUUUAUCAAGUUGUUGGUAUAUUCAUUCUGCUGCUAGAAAAUUAUCUUGAUGACACUUUUCCACCGAUGGCUCUGUGUAUGCUAUCGGGUCAUAUUGAAAUACUAUCGGUAAGAGUUUCCAAUAUCGGAUACGAUAAGAAGUCAUUGAAGGAGAAUGAAGAAGAAUUGGAUCGAUGUGUAGAGGAUCAGCAGACUCUGUAUGAACUUUACACCACCAUCGAAAACAUCAUCUCGUGGCCAAUGUUUAUACAAUUCUGUGUCACUGCCACUAAUAUUUGUGUUGCCAUGGCAGCACUAUUCUUCUAUGUUUCGACACCACUAGAUAUUUUAUAUUAUUUUGUGUAUUUCCUGGCCAUGCCUCUGCAAAUAUUUCCAACAUGUUAUUAUGGCAGUGAUUUUCAAUAUUUAUUCGAUCAAUUGCAUAGAGCAAUAUUUGCCAGUAAUUGGACGGAUCAAACAAAAAAAUACAAGAAACAUAUGUUAUUGUUUACGGAGAGAUCUUUGAAGCAGAAUGCGGCAAUGGCUGGUGGUAUGGUGCGCAUACAUUUGGAUACGUUUUUUUCAACAUGUCGUGGAGCCUAUUCUCUGUUUGCCAUUAUAAUGAGAAUGAAGUGA